AUGGCAAGCAAGAAAGUAAAAAUAUCGGCCGAGUUGAUUAAAGAUGCCAUCAUUGAGGGGAACACGGAUUGUUUUGACACAGAAUUUCAAGCGUCUCCUAAACUGAUGAUUGAAGCUCGUGUCAAUACCAGCUAUUCCUUACAGCAUUUCGCCGCCGGACAUUCCACCCAGCGAAUGGUCGAAUACUUCUUGGACAAAGGUUUCUAUAAAGACUGCAGAACGCUUGGCAAUCUAACAGCCCUUCACGUGGCUGUGACGCAUUGCAAGUACGACGUGGUGAGGUUCCUCUUACAGCGGGGCUAUCCUCCCAACGCUGAAGACUCGAUGGGCCGUACAGCAUUGCACUGCGCUAUGGAAAUGGGCAAGACCCGCAAAACGUCCUCUAAAAAAUGGGAUUGUAAACUGAAGCGAAAACUCCCGGAAUCGCCUGCCAUUGAUACGAACGACCAUAUUAGAAGUUUUCUAAUCGGAAUCGCAACGGUCAACGCUCAGGAUCUUAGCGGUGAAACGCCAAUCCUCAGACUGCUCAGAGCCGUGGGUGCCAGUAUCUAUUACGCACCUACCAACAGCCCGCUGAAUGUCAUCAAUGAUAUGGACGAGAAACUAGGAAGUGUAACGUGUUUAUCAGCUGGGAUAGCGAAAAUCAGUGACACAGUUAUUGAGCAUAUCCUCAACAAGCGCGCUCAUGAUUACGGCUACAACGAGCCGCAGACGGUAGAGCGUCGCCACCACAUAAUACGUAGGCUGUUAAAUGCCGGCGCUGAAGUAGAUAAAUCCAAUGGCUUUAAGGAACCAGCCUUACAUUGGGCUGUCAGUACUAGUAACGAGCCCAUUAUUGAGCUGUUCCUGAAACAUGGUGCCAAUGUUUACUUUAGGAGCGUAUACGGUUGGUCGACCCUGCAUGUCGCUGUCAGAUUUUCAUCAGAGAAAGUCGUCGAAAUACUCAUCGCCAGAGCCCAGGUAGCAAAUGGCCGAUAA